AUGCACCUCUGUCUAUGCGUGCUCGUCUUCAUUCUUGCUCACCACGGACUGUUUGCCACAAGGGCAAUCGCGGCCCAGGAGGUCGUCACCGAGUUCAAGGGCGAGCUCAUCGGCGCCGCUGAGGCACAGCAGCGAGUCGCGCACUACAACGAUACGGGAUUUUCUGGGUGCUUAUUACAGGUCGGAAACGACCCCCUGUACCUGGACGCCCUGCUGAAGGGGUACCCCACCAGGUUUGUGAACCACUCCUGCGGUCCAAACGCUUACCUUCAUACGGCAGGCAAGGGGGCCGCGCAAUCGAAGCGCAUAUGGGUAUGUUCGAUGAAAGAAAUCGGAGCUGGGGAAGACCUGUGCAUCACGUACCCCUGGCCGUUCACCAUCAGUCCCACAGCGGCAGACACGAAGUGCACUUGCGGCGCGCCGGGGUGUCAAGAAGAUAUUUCGGCCCAAUGACCUUUGAGAGGAGGGGGAUGCGAGGGGAAAGGGCCUCUUAUGUGAUUUGCAUGUUUGGAUGCACAUAUUUGUUUGUUGUGCAGAUUGUGUGGAUGUAGUGCUACCGCCGAAGAACCUGUUGUGGAAGCUCCAAUAUCAUGUUGUACCUGUUGUACAGAGUUUACGCAUCACCGCCGCCAGUGGCGUGGAAAAAAAUAUUUCAUGCGAUGACGUGUGUUGUUUUAGGAUAUGUGCUCCAUGUACAUAGAGAUGCUUUGAUGUGUGUGCGAACGCCCUUGGGCGCAAGAGGUUACAUAGGUGAUACCAUGGUAUGAAUUAUGUGCUGAGCCAAUGUCAGGUUCUAUCUCCCCACCUUUCACUUCGCCGUAUCUUAUCCCUUGAAAUGCACAUAGUCUCAAGUCUACACGUGUAGCAAACGACAAGACAUGACCGGAAGUGAGGAGGGGCGAUCCGAUGUCCCAAAAGGACGGAAUCGUUGGCGUCAUCACACACACUCAUGACCCGCUGCUAUGCACACCACUAGUCCACUCUUUGUCGCGUCAUCGGAGCUAGCUCUUGCAAUCCGACUGUAUGCAGACCUUUCGACACCCAACCAAGAUAAUAGUUGUCAUCAAUGGAGUUCGUUGUUAGGACUUUGUCUGACAAUGGUCAAUUAUGAUCAUCAAUGGUUCAGUUUUCUCCUGACCCAGAGGACCACCACUACAAGAUGCAUCCAGCGGAGACGCGAGAUUUCGUGGGACCCCAAAAACGCGGUGGCGCGCGUAGACAGACUCACAAUUCGUGGGAGUCCAGAUAAUACAAAGGGAAUGCGGGUGAAACUAAAGCCAAGACGAUUGGAUUCGAUUGUUCGCACCGAAGUGAGGGCGGUGCGUGCGCAUUACAUGAGAAACAACGAAAUAAAACUUCACUAUUUCCUGACGACUUAAACCGAGCAAAAUCCAAGACCUGAAUAAGAUUCAACAUUAACGGCGCAAACACCAGGCAACACGCUUAGGCACACAUAUAUAAGCGCGGUCGAUGCCAAUGAUAAAAACACAUGUAUACAUACAGUUUUGUGACCACGGACCGAGUCUUUGCUAGAUUUUGGGAUUAGCAACUGACACGAGUUAAUGUCAAGAAAAACAAC